CAAGAAUGAGAAGUUCAGAAUCGCCUCCCAACACGAUCGAUGACUAGCGCCAAGCCCAAGGAGGCCGCCCCUUGGGAGGCCCGUCCUUGCCGGCUCGACACCUCAUGACGCAGACACAUUUACAAGAUGGCGAGCGAUUAUGGCUAUGUCGAGGUCGCAAUUUGCUGGAUCGGAAGUCCCGAAGCAGCAAGUCUUCUCCCUAUUGGCGGUCCACCCUCGUGAUCAGGGGCCGCGAUGUUGUGACGCCUCGGGCAGGAAGGCGGAAAGAAGUGCGAUUCUCCCACAGCAGCUGGUAACACAAACCGCCAAUCAAUCUUUGCAAAAUACUGCGGACCGCUGAAGGCGCAGCGCUCUUCUAGGUUGUAUUCGUGCUACUGCUGGCGGUCGGUGUCACCCGGCCGCUAUCAGGUGUUAUGAUUGGGGUCCUCCUUGAUCC